AUGGUAAUUUUCCCAACAGAAUUACGAGUUGAGAAAUUCUCACCUCAUUACCUCGACCCUAAGUUGGAAAAAGAAAGACCUGUUAUCACCGCAGAUGCUACUGACAAGCAAUUGAAAUACGGGAAAGACUUUAAAGUAACAUUUACAAUCAAAUCGAAUCCCAAGUUGGCAGAUGGAGAUGUGAUCGUGACUCUCUUACACCCGCCAUUCACGACUCAUGGUUACUCUCAAAACCAAAGGAUGCUCAUCUGUGGGAUUACAGAAGUCGAUAGCACUGUGGUCAACGCGGUGGCACCCCCAAGCGGAAGGAUUGCACCACCAGGUUACUACAUGUUGUUUAUUAGCCAUCGUAACAUUCCUAGCAAGGGCGUGUGGGUACAGGUUGGAGCUUGA